AUGAAGUCAAAAUGCAGUCCAUCAACAGCAUCCCCCUCGAGCUCUUCCUUCAAUUUUCACGAGAACGACAAUGAAGUCCACGAUUGCUUGUCUGCUGGUUGUUGGCUGUUGCCAACCAAGUUGAAUGCUACGGAUACGGUCAAGACUCCGGAUACUACGGAGGAGCCGGUACCUUACCGAGCACGAGCCCCCCAGAAGGCCACCUCGUCAUCGACUACGACACCGGAAAAUUCACAUGGGCCUCCGCCCCCACCAACAACUACUUCGGCGCCCCUGACGCUUCCCGUUCUAAGCGCCAAGUCUUCGGCGCUAUUCCAUUCAAUGUUCAAAUGCCCUAUGCCUUUAUCCCUGGUGGCUAUACAUUUCUCUCCCACCCUCCUCCUACGUCGCCCCGAUUGUGCCCGCCCCUGCUGCUGGGUCCUCUUGGAUCAGCCGCACUCCCGGCCAAUAAGCAACCGCUUAGCGCGUCGACAAAAGUUUUAACAGCAUUUCAAACCAUAUUCAAUAUUCGCUCGAUCUUUAUUUUAGCGAAAUAAAAAUUUUGACGGAAAA